AUGAGCUCCCCUCUCACCGUGGACCCGGCGCUCAUUGCCAAAGUGACCGACUACAUCAAGGUCUACAUGGCCAACUAUGACCCUUCGCACGACUACAGCCAUAUCAAGCGCGUGGUGCAUCUUGCGCAGACGAUCCAGGCCCAAGUGCCCAACACGAACCGCGACAUUGUCACUCUUGCGGCCCUCAUGCACGACGUAGGCGACAGGAAGUACCUCAAGCCCGGAGAAGACGCUUCACGCAUGAUCUAUACGGCCCUCACGUCUCUCGGUGCGUCGGAGGAAUUGGCGGAGAAGAUUCAGGUCAUUUGUCUGGGCGUGAGCUACUCGAGCGAGAUCAAGGACCUGGCACGUGAUGCUGAUCGACUGGACGCCAUCGGAGCGGUGGGCAUUGGACGAGUAUUUACGUUUGGUGGAGCCAAGGGGAGAGACUUGGGCAAUUCGAUCGACCAUUUCGAGGAGAAGCUGCUUAAGCUGGAGACUAUGAUGAAGACGGAUGUGGGGAGGGAGAUGGCGAGAGAGAGGACGGAGAGGUUGAGGUUGAUGCAGGAGUGGUGGCAACAGGAGACGGAGGGGGUUGAAGCAAAGAAAGAUACAACCGAGGUCCUAUCCAGGGGUCUAUCCGACAGUUCAUCCGACGGUUCAACUGGCAACAUGAUCAACCCCAGUAUACAACGUUAUGGAUCCAGCGGGUAUGCUCCCCACGAGCACCUGAUCAUCUCCUCCAUCUAUUCCGAGUUCAGUUCCGAAGUCAACGCCUACAACUAUGCAUCAUCUAUGGAUACUUCAAAUGGCCAAACCACACACCCGGAUGCCGUGGCAGCUACUGCAUCAACUUCCCCUGCACAACACCCGCAUGAUUAA